AGAGGCGGGGGACUCCUUGCAUCGGGUGCCAGGCGUGGGCACCCCCGGGUGCCCCCGGGAACUCUGGGAGCCCACAGCUUUGGCUGCAGCCCCUGGCCCCCCUCGGUCCUGCCUGUGAGAGGGUGUGGCGUGGGGCCGGACGGCAGCCUCUGAGGGAAGGAAGGGAAGCAGUGUGCUGAGCUGGGGCCAGAGGCGGGCGUGCAUGGGGGUCACCGGUGCAUUCCUGGCGUGUGUCAUCAGCCACAGGCCCAACAGGUGGUUUUUUGGCCACAUCUCCCGCUCCGAAGCCCUGCACAGGCUGCAGGCGGAGGGCAACGCGGAAGGGGCCUUCCUGGUCAGGGUCAGCGAAAAGCCGGGCGCCGACUACGUUCUCUCAGUGCGGGACGGCCAGGGGGUGCGACACUACCGGAUCUGGAGCCGUGCUGGCCGGCUGCACCUCAGCGAGGCCGCGUCCUUCCCCAGCCUGUCCAAGCUCCUGGACCACCACAAAGCCCAGAGCCUGUCCCAUGGCCUGCGGCUCACCGUGCCCUGCUGGAAGCAUGAGCCCAAGCCCCUGCCCCACUGCGACGACUGGGAGAGGCCACGGGAGGAGUUCACGCUCUGCAGGAAGCUGGGGUCCGGCUACUUCGGGGAGGUCUUCGAGGGGCUCUGGAAAGACCAGGUCCGCGUGGCUAUGAAGGUGAUUGCUCGAGAUGACCUUCUGCACCAGCACGCCUUCCAGGCGGAGAUUCGGGCCAUGAAGCAGCUUCGGCACAAGCACAUCCUGCCACUGUACGCGGUGGUGUCCGUGGGGGACCCCGUGUACAUCAUCACGGAGCUCAUGCCCAAGGGGAGCCUGCUGGAGCUACUGCGCGACUCUGAUGAGAAAACCCUGCCCAUCUCGGAGCUGGUGGACCUUGCGUCACAAGUGGCCGAGGGCAUGUGCUACCUGGAAUCACAGAACUACAUCCACCGGGACCUGGCCGCCAGGAACAUCCUUGUGGGGGAAAACAACCUCUGCAAAGUCGGGGAUUUUGGGCUAGCCAGGCUCAUCAAGGAGGACAUCUACCUUUCCCACGACCGCAACAUCCCCUACAAGUGGACCGCCCCCGAGGCCCUCUCGCGAGGGCUCUACUCCAUCAAGUCGGACAUCUGGUCCUUUGGGAUUCUCCUCCACGAGAUUUUCAGCAGGGGUCAGAUACCCUAUGCAGGCAUGUCCAACCAUGAGGCCUUCCUAAGGGUGGACUCGGGCUACCGCAUGCCCUGUCCCCCCGAGAGCCCACCCACUGCCUACAAGCUGAUGCUGUCGUGCUGGCACAGGGACCCCGAACAGAGGCCCUGCUUCAAAGCCUUGCGGGAGAAGCUCUCCAGCGUCACCAGGUACGAGAACCCGCUCUGAAUGGGACACCCCCUCUGAUGCUGCCUCUGAGGCCGCCAGACCAGGCCCUGUGAAGGGGGGCCUGCGUGCCAUCCUGGACCUCAGAUCAUGGAUACAGGCAGACCGAAGGUGCAGACAAGUUCCCAGAACUGGGCUGAACAGUUGGGGGAUGGAACUCCCCAGCCAGGGGCCCACUGUGCCCUGGGGCGGGGGAAGCAGGCCCCCUGCAGUCUGGGCGCCAAGGCUGCCCACUCCUCCCGUCUGUUCCUUCUAAGACUCCCAGACCCUCCACGGCCAACUCCAACCCUCCAGCAGUCUGGCCAUUCUCCUCUCUAAAGGGAGUGGGCCUGUCCCUGGUCCUGACCCAAAGCCCACCAGCUGAGCCAGGACCCGGGGCUCAGCUUCCCCGGGUGGGGCAAGGGCCUGGAUUUUGGCUGGACUCACCCUGGGUCACCUGACCUGUGCGCAGCUCCUGACUUGGGGGACACGGCCUUCCUAGUACUCUGUGAAAACACGCUGUUUGGUGGUAGGGCACUGCUGUCUGCUACCCAGGGCUAUGGCCGUCAGCAGCUGCCACGAGGAGCCCUCAGGGCCUCAUCUGGACACUAGCCUCAGAGUCUGGGUAGCACUCAGGCUACCCUCUGGGACACCUCCCCCCACUCUGGGUCCGUCUAAGGAGGUGGGAACGAAGGCCUCCCCUACAGGCCACAGCACUGGCUGUGGGACGACAGGGGAGCCUGGGGAAGGCUGCCUGGACAUGAGGGCAGACAGGACAGAGGCCCCAGAGAGCCAUCAGCAUCGCUGGAUGUCCUGGAUUCGACUGAACCAUUUAUAGCACAGAGCGGGGGCAGAGUGGCCAAAGAGGCAGGUGGGCUCCCUCAGAGGCCCGUGGAGCCCCUAACUUCAUACUAAGCCCACAUCCACGCCCUCACUAAGCUGCCCGCUCCUGACCAACAGACCUGGGCCAAUCUCUGCUGGCCACUGACGGUGUGUGGACACACAGUUCACCAAUCAUGCCUGCCCACGGAGGCUGGCAGAGGAUGACAAGCCACACCCUCCUAAGGUCCCGGGCUGGAGUUUAUCCAAACCCUGGUUACCUGCGGUGGGAAGGCCCCUCGGAAAUGCCCCCACACCACUUACGACUCAGUCUUGGUUUUGGGUUCCCGCCCCCAGAGCCGGGGGACCCUACCCAGGUGUCCUACAGGAAGAGACAACACCCUCACGGGAAGGCCCCUGGAGGCAGCAGGGCCCCAUGAGCUGCACCACCCAGCUGGGACAGCUCUGCUACUGGCCCCUCACCGCCCUCCAGGGUGUCAGGGGCAGGGGGGCCUUGCCAAGUUCCUUCCAGGGGCACCAGGUCCCUCCAGCUGAUGGCCCCCAAACCCACAGGCAGAGCCCGGACCCCAGUGGCUGCCCUGGAGGCUUCCUGUCCAAGUCCUGAACUGCCUGCUCUUCCAGGCACCCCGCCCCUUCUCAGGUCCAAGGUGCCACAUUUGCUGUAGCGGCUUGCCCGUGUGAACCUGGGCCAGACCCGAGAGGUGGCUCCCCAGCGAGGGAACCCAGGAAGGCCCAGGGAACAGGCCCAACUCUCCACCCCUGCAGGAAGUGAGGUUGAGCAGUGUUCAGUGGCUUCUCCCACAGGCCCCAGGGGCACCCAGUUCACACACACCCUCAGGGUUACUGGCUGCUUGGAGUUUAUUUUCCACUUGGUGCAAGGCACACUGUUACAGGGUGUCGGGAAGGCUUGCGUGUGGCUUGGAUAGUAAAGAGUGGGGUUCUCUUAA